AUGAGGAACUACAACCCGAUAACAGUUUCACUUCUCUGCAGCCUCAGCUGGAUCUAUGCCUCUUCUGAAUCUCAGACGGUGGCUGUUUCGCCUGGUGGAGAAGUCACUCUCCUGUGCUCCAACUUUUCCAGUUUUGUAACUCAAAUCUACUGGUUCAGAGUGGUGAAAAAAUCCAUGCCUCGCUGUGUCUCCUUUAUUUUCGAGCCCCUCAAGCCUGCCUCGUUCUGCGAUGGAUUUAAAAAUGAAAAAUUUGAAAUGAGAUCCAAUCUCUCAACUAUUUUUCUCAAAAUCAAACAAGUGAAUGUGUCUGACUCUGGACUGUAUUUCUGUGGAUAUAUGAUAGGCCCACAUUGGCUUAUUGUUGAAGCAACAUAUUUAGAUGUUCAAGAAGAUGGAAGUACAAAGCUGCUGAGUUACGUCCUGUGCAGUCUGUCCGUGUUCCUCAUUGUGGUCGUCUUUGGUAUGGCUGUUAAAAUGAAAACACUUCUGAAAGCUCAUGUUGAAGAACAUAAUCCACAACAGACAGAGGGUCAAGGCUCGGAUGAUCUGAUUUAUGCAGCAGUUACGUUUCGUCUGGCUGAAGGAAACCAGCAGCCUGCAGCACUGUGAGAAGUGGAACCAAAUGCUAUUUAUUCAGCACCCAGAUAAAACUCAGGAAACACCUGGAACUGUUACUGUGGGUGCUAUUUUGUCCCCUGUACAGCUGACAUAAACAUCUAGAUGCCAGUAUGUGAAUGUAAAUGAAUGGCAUCAUAACCUGUGUAAAAAAUAGUUUAAAUAUUAACUAGCAGAUUGGGAAUAUUUGGGGGUUAUUGAGGAUGCUAAAUCAAUUUCUGACAUUUUCAGGAUCAAAAAUGUCCGCUUUAACCAGAAAGUGGUCAUACUUGCACGUCAGUGGGCUGAUCUUGACUACCAUGAGUAGUUUUGCGACCCAUGGAUAUAAAGAGCACAAAAUGAUCAUUAUAACCUCUACUGUGGACAAUCUUUUUCAAAUAAUCUGACCAAUCCAAAUGAUCCAGAGUCUCCUAAAUCUUCCAAAUCCAUCCAAAGUUCAUCAAAACCAGCCCACCUGGAGUAAAAAUAUGGCCACUUGCUGGUCAAAAUAGCCAUUUUGGAUCCCGAAAAUUUCAGGAAUUACCUCCAUGAAAUCACUCCAAAAUUGUUCAAAUCGUCCAAGCCACUUUUUAACUAUUUUCCCCGCUAUAAUGGUAAGUAAUGCUAAUUACCACAACUUAUGCUAAUUGAGCAAUUGCCCAAUACGCAGGCUAGCAUCCAGCAGUUUAUAUGUGCUGGGGACCCCUACUGUACAUUUCUAACAUUUCACUUUGGGGUACUCACAACAUUUCAGGGUUCACUAUAGGACUCUAUGAGCUGGCAACUAGACUAUAAGGUUCACCCUCACACAAGCUUAUAUUUAUGUUCAAUAACGAAUAUUAUUAUCCACGGGGAGAAUCUCUAUUCAAGGUACUGAUCACAUGUCUUUAACUCUGUCAACUGAACUUUAAACAGCAAAGUGAGUGAGGUCAAUUAUAUUUAGUUUCUUAUUUUUUGUAGAAUUUCUGUAUGCUAUCAUCUCAAUACUUUAGAAUUUUCUCUCAAAUGUUGACUGGAAGGUACUCUUUAUUUGCUGAUAUCAUCAGGUGGUCUGCUUCAGUGAGAAGUAAAUUAAAUUAAAGUUAAACCCUGGUUAUGCUGUCACCUGUCAGAUGUAAAAGGAAUUGCAGCUUAAAGUGCAAUUUAUGCUGUGUCAUGUUAACCUGCUAUAGUGUGGGUUACUGGGAGGAGUAACAAUUCUUACAUUUAUUUAAAUCUUUUUCAGAGACGUCAUAUUGUCAGGCCAUUUAGCUGCUUCAGUUUCAUUGUGUUUCCUCGUGUUAGAAUGCUGGCUCGUGUCACUUGGCUUACUGAGACACUUUGUAAGGUUAAUGUCCUCUGAGCUGUUUCAUGUAGACAUUUCUUAUUCUUAUUUCUUCUUCAUUUUGUUAAUAAAUUCCAUCUUUUAAUGGUC